AUGGAAGUAGAGCUCUGUGAUAUUUGGUAAGAUUUAUGCAGCGAAAAAGAAAUUCCAAAGCAGUCACUGAUGAUUCAUAAAGUUCAUUGUGAACGAAACACAAUCCGAUGCGAAAAGUGCAAUGCCCCUAUCUCAAGAUCAGAAAAAGAGGAGCACGAUAAUCUAAAUCACGCUCUAAAACCAUGCCCUAAUUGCCAAGCCCAAAUAGAAGCCAACCAAUUUGAUAGCCACAUAUGUCCUAAAGCCCCAAAACUCUGCCCAUACUGUGAAGCUACCUAUCCUCUCGACCUUUUCAAUUCCCAUACCCAGACUUGUGGCAACAGGACUGAAAUCUGCAGAAAAUGCAAUAAAUACAUUCCUAUUAAGGACCUAAAAAAGCAUAUAGAAGCUGGAAACUGCAAUAAACCACAGCCAAAAUACCAGGAAAAUUUUAAUAACUCCCCCCCCCCCCUCCGUGAGCGAACAAAACCAUUAGAAAAAUCGCCAUUUUUUGACCAAAAACCCACCCUCCGUGAGUGAACAAAAAUUUUUUUAAUAGAAAAAAUUUUAAUGGAAAAAAAUUUUUGAUAUAUAAGUGAUAAUUAGUAUAAUGAAAUCUAGAGCUAAUUCUGUUUAAUUUUAAACAAAUUGCGUUUUAAAACAUAAAUUUUGCAAAUUAAAUUAAUAUUUGCUUCCCAAUUUUUGCAAAUUAGGAUUUUUUAAAUUUCGAAAAAAAUAUUUUUUAUAAAAUUUAUAUAUAAAUUUUUUUUUUAAAAAAAAAAAAUUAACCCCCCUCCGUGAGCGAACAAAAUUUUUUUUGUUCGCUCACGGAGGGGGGGGGGGGGAGUAAGGAAAAAGAAGACGAAAUCGAGCGACAAAUCAAAUCAAGGCAGCGUGAAGACCUGGCUAGGCAGAUGAUAAGGGAAGAACAAGAAAAACAGAAAGAAGUGGAAAUGGCUAAAAAGAAAAUAGAAGAAGAAAAAAAAGCUAAUUUUGAAGGUAUUGGGAGAAUCCAAGAGUAUGAGAGAGGACUGAGGAUGAGGAAACAGCAAAAAGAAGACGGGCAAGGCAUUGGGAGAGGGCAGGAUCUUGAAAGAGGUCUGAGAAUGAGCUAAGCUAAUGUAUAGGCCAUAAGCGCAGCCAACCACUAGCUAGGCCUUGUCUGGCUUCAAAAAGCGAGUCUCAAUAUACUUCAGAAUGUAAAUUAGGGAAAUGGAAGGCUGUCCUUUUGGGUUUCUGACUUGUAAAAGCCUGCCCAAAGGAUUAGCUCCCUAGGGCUCAGCCAAAGACUCGAGAGCACCAAUAAGGAAAACCAUGUGGCAAGUAAAAAUCUGCCUAGCCCAUCUGGCAGGGUCAGCGUAGAAAGAAAAUUACACUCUUCGGCAAGGCUUCCUCAAAUCUGAAGGUUUCCUCAAAAGUGACAGAGCUGUUUCAGCUUCAUCAGGAUGAGUCUGACCUGCGCAUAGAGAGUCUAUCUCGAAGUGCAUCUUCCAUCAGCAUCACAUUUCAUUUCAGGCUGAGCAUGAAGAAUAGGCAAGAUUUACAAAAAGAAGAAGGGAUGGAAAGAUUGAGAAAAAUCCAGGAGGAAAGUGAAAGGAUACAGAAAGAAAAAGAAGAAGAGGAUAGAAUUAAAGAUGUAUGGGAGGCAGCUGAGCAGAAAAAAGGGGGGUUUAGCAAUAAGAGCCAAGAGCCUAGAAAUAAGCUUGAUUAUAGAAAAAUGCCUCGUCAUAAUGAAGACCAAGAUGAGAUGGGAAGAUUGAGACAAAGGCAAGAAGAAAAUGAAUGGAUACAGAGGGAUACAGAAGAGGAAAGAGUUAAAGAUAUAUGGGAAGCUGCUGAGCAGAAAAAAGGAGAUUUCAGUAAUGCGAGGCAAGAGCCUAGGAAUAAAUUUAAUUAUCGAAAAAUGCCUCAUCCUAAUGAAGGCCAGCGCAGAAAAGACCCAAUUUAUAAGCCAGAACCACCAAAACAAAGCAGAUUUUCCCCACCAAAAGCGCAAAUACCGCCUACAGAAAACAGAUAUGUCCCUAAAUACAUCCCAAAUGUUCCUAAGCCUCCUGUCCCAGACAUAUCAGAAGACGAAAGACUUGCAAAGGAGCUUGCAGAAAAAUUAGACAGAGAAGUCGCUGAAAAUUUAAAUAGGCAAUUUGCUGCAGAAAUGUCUCCAGGAGAAGCUAGAAGGCCAGGCUGGGAAGAAGACGAAAGAAUCGCUAAAGAACUUGCUGAGCAGCAAGACUUAGAAGUAGCCCGCCAGCUUGCAGAAAAUAGAGAAGAAAGACCAGAUCCUCAAAUGUAUGACGAAUAUUCAGCACAAUUUGAGAGGGAACAGGAUUAUUCUUAUUUUUCUAAUCCUCCGAGGCAGCCAGAUAUGCCUUACCCACGUAGUAAUCCUUAUAAUCCUCCGAGGACAAAUCCAAGGGAAUCUCAAUUUGAAGAUGUAGAUAUUGAAGACCAGAUGCUGAAUCUAGCUAUUCUUGAAAGCUUAAAAAGCCAAAAAUAA